AUGUCUCGAGACACAAGUCUCGCACCGUUGACAGCCUAUCCGUUGAGGGAGCCAGAUCUAUCACGAGAGGGAGAACCAUUUGAUGAUCCAGCAUCAUAUAAUCCAGAGACACCAAUCGCUAUUGAUUUUGGGUCGAGUCAUGUCAGAGCUGGAUUUGGAAACCAAGAAAACCCAACGCAUAUCUUUUCCAAUCGCAUUGCGAGAUGGAGGGACCGGCGACGGAACAAAAACCUUACGUUCAUUGGGAACGACACUAAUUUGGAUCUGAGUGUGCGAUUGCAGGCGAAGAGCCCAUACGACGGCGCACUAGUGUCCAAUUGGGAUUAUACCGAGGAAAUUCUGGAGUACACUUUCCAUCAUCUGGGAGUGGACGGACAAAACGGGGUUCCCAACCCCAUUUUAAUGACAGAAAAUCUAGCUGCGCUCCAGUCACAGAGACGAAACUUCUACCAAUUGCUCUUCGAGUGUUUUGGUUCCUCGCAGGUCACUUUUGGUCUCGAUAGUCUUUUCUCCUUCUAUGCCAACAACAGCCCCUCGGCUUCGGGAUUGGUUAUCAGCAGCGGUAACGAGAAUACGCAUGUGAUACCUGUGGUCGAUGGUCAAGGCAUAUUAGGUGAGGCUAAGCGAGUAAACUGGGGCGGCAGGCAAGCCACCGACUAUUUGUCAAACCUAUUGGCCCUGAAAUACCCUUACUUCCCCAUAAAACCUUCCACCUCACAAUUCGAAGCGCUUUAUCAAGACUACUGCUAUGUAUCAGAGGAUUAUCAGGCUGAAAUCCAAACGAUUCUUACCAUGGAGGAAUUGGAAACCAAAAACGUCGUUAUAGAGGCGCCGUUUUCCGAGCUGGUUCAGCCAGAGAAAAGCGAGGAACAACUUCGAAUGCAGGCCGAGAAGCGGAGAGAAACUGGAAAGAGAUUACAAGAGCAGGCCCGCCAAAGGCGUGUUGAAAAGCUGGCUCAGAAAGAAGAGGAAUAUGAAUAUUACACGCAAUUAAAGGAACAAAUGAAAGAUCAGCCAAAAAAGACAGUUCUUUCGAGUUUACAAAGUGCUGGUUUCGACGAUGAGCAAGACUUUCGCAAAUACCUAAAUGGUUUGGAAAAGACUUUAAAGAAGGCGCAAAUUCUUGAAAACGGUGACGAAGAGAAUGAAAAUGACGCUGGCAAGUUUGAUCUGGUUGAAAUUCCUGAUGAGCAGCUCAAUGAAGAACAGAUACGGGAAAAGAGGAAACAACGGCUGAUGAAGGCUAAUCUUGAUGCGAGAAUCAAGGCUAAAGAAGAAAGAAUCAAAAAAGAGCAAGAGGAAGAGGAGGCCAAACUAAAAGAUGAAAGCUGGCGCAAGGAUGAUCUCCCAGGCUGGAUAAAAGACAAGCGAGGUAAACUGAACGGCUUGCUGAAAUCUAGAAAGGAAAAGUUGAAAAUAAAAUCGGACAUGAAAGAUAGAAAGUCGCAUGCUGCACAAAAACGGAUGAAAAAUAUUGCCACCCUCGCAGAGGAAAAUUCUCGAGGAGGCACGAAAAGAUCUCGCCAGCCAGCGACAGUAGACAACGAUCCUAAUGACACAUUUGGAGCAAAUGAUGAGGACUGGCUAGUAUACAACGACAUUACUUCUAGUGCAGAAGCACUCGAUCAGUCUCUCGAAGAAGAGUACAAUGUCAUCAUUGAACUUGAGAGACUCCUUUUGGAGUAUGACCCAAAUUUUACGGAGGAAGACACCUUGGAUGCUCAGUACGACUGGCGAAACUCUACCCUUCAUCUCUUCUUGAGGGGUCCAAGAGCCCAUAAUAGCGAGAAUAUUAAUGAACAGCACCAAAUGCAUCUCAAUGUUGAACGAAUCAGAGUCCCAGAGGUAAUUUUUCAACCGUCGAUGGGCGGUUUGGACCAAGCCGGAAUAUCUGAGAUAGGUGAAACAAUACUUCUGAAUAAGUUUGGCUCGAGCAGGCGAGCGUUAAGCGAAGUUUCCAAGCGAUUGGCUAUGAACAUUUUUCUUACAGGUGGAAACGUUAAGGUUCCUGGCACAAGAGAAAGAGUGGUUCGUGAUUUUACAGGAAUUCUCCCGCUUGAAACCAAGCUGAAUGUCACAUUGGCCAAGGAUCCGUUCGUUGAUGCAUGGAGGGGAAUGGCCAAACUCUCGCAGUCGGACACUUACAAGGAAACUUUUGUGACGCGAAAGGAGUAUUAUGAGUACGGCGCGGACUACAUAAAGGAGCAUCGGCUCGGUAAUGCUACAUACAUUUAA